AUGGAUGUCCAUGAGUUGUUCGUGCAGAGCUUCAAUGGAUGUGAGCUCUAUCCCAGAGAGCUCUGCAGCCACCCUGAGCUUCAGGCUUGUGCCAUAGGAGUUCUCACGGCCACGAGCAAUACCUCGACUGAGAGAGAGAGAGAGAGACAGGCAGGCAGGCAGACAGAGUGUGUGCAACGAGGGGAAUGGGCUUGUUUCGUAUUGAUGUGGUGGAAUGUCGCCUUUGGCGAAACCCUUGUCUAUGCUAUGGUUUGGCAAGGGCAGAUUCCAAUAGAGUUAACACGCUUGAGGAAGUUAAGUAUUCUUGAUCUUUCUCUUCUUUAUUUUCCUGGACUUGAUACACUAAAGCUCAAGAAUCCCAAUUUGAAGACCUUGACUGGAAACCUGACGGAGCUAAUACAGUUACAUCUUGAUGGUGUAGACCUGUCUUCCGAGGGGAAUGAGUGGUGCGAUGCAUUGUCCUCUUCAGUGCAAAAACUUGAGGUGCUGAGCAUGUCUAACUGCUUUCUCUCUGGUCCUGUUGACUCUUCCCUCGUGAAUCUCCAUCAUUUGUCAUUCAUUCAACUCAAUGGCAACAACCUCUCAGCCACAGUUCCCGAGUUCCUCGCCAGACUCCCCAAUCUAACCACUCUGCAUAUGAGUUAUUGUGGGUUGUAUGGAGAGCUUCCUCAUAAAAUUUUUCAGCUGCAGACGCUUCAGACCCUUGACCUAUCAUUGAACCAACUUCUUCAGGGUACUUUGCCCGAUUUUCCGGAGGAUAGUUCUCUUGAGACUCUAGUCCUAAGUGACACAAAUAUUUCAGGGAGGCUUCCAGAUUCAAUUGGUAAUCCAAGAAAGUUGUCGAGAUUAGAAUUGUUUAAUUGCAGAUUGAGUGGAUUGAUCCCUAGCUCAAUAGAGAACCUGUCACGGCUGACUUAUUUGGACUUGUCUUUAAAUAAUCUUACCGGUUCAGUACCUUCGUUCGGUAUGUCCAAGAAUCUGAGACAGAUUCUUCUAUCCCACAAUGCUUUAACAGGAGAGAUUAAGUCCACCCCAUGGGAAGAACUUCUAAGCCUUGUGAAUCUAGAUCUACGGAACAACUCCCUGGAGGGCACCAUACCCCCGUCUCUCUUUAUACUUCCUUCGGUCAAGACCAUAAAAAUGUCCAACAAUCAGUUUUCUGGUGAUCUGAGUGGGUCUCUAAAUGUCACUUGCUGUCAAUUAAACGUGCUUGAUCUGAGCACCAACAAUUUAGAGGGGCCCAUACCAGCUUAUGUUUUUGAACUUCGAGGACUUAAGUACCUCUCACUUUCUUCUAAUAAUUUUAGUGGCUCAUUGCACAUUGAUGUGUUUCAGCGGCUCAAGAACCUCACAUAUCUCGAUCUUUCCCACAAUCGUUUGUCAAUUAAUGCUACUUCUUCCACUUCUGCUCUGUUCGGUUUCCCUACUCUAUACACUUUAAAACUGGCUUCCUGUAAGCUGAGUUCGUUACCUGAAUUCUUAAAAAAUCUACCCACAUUAGGCCAUCUAGACCUCUCUGACAAUCAAAUUCAAGGAGAGAUACCGAAAUGGAUAUGGGAGGGAGACUAUAUUUCUUAUGUCAAUCUUUCCUUCAAUUUCUUCGAGAAAUUAGGAGAACCUUUACCUAAUCUUCCUUCCAGUCUCUCUGUUAUUGACCUCCACAGAAACAAGCUCCAGGGGAAAACGUUACCUCUGCCCCCGAAUGGUGCCUCUCUGGAUUUCUCGAGUAACAAUUUCAGUUCAGUUCUUCCAAAUGAUAUUGGAAAACACCUGGCUUUAACAAUUUUCUUCUCUCUCUCGAACAAUUAUUUCCAUGGCCCUGUCCCAGAAUCAAUUUGUGAAGCUUGGUUUCUCGAGGUACUUGACCUUUCCAACAACCAUUUGAUGGGAACCAUCCCUCAGUGCUUAAAGUUGGAGACUCUCAAGGUGUUGAACUUGAGGAAUAACAACUUGACUGGAGGAAUUCCGUACACAUUCCCAGGCACAUGCCUUUUGAGAACUUUGGAUGUUAAUGGUAAUCUCUUGACAGGAAAGCUUCCAAUUUCUUUGGCAAAUUGUUCGAUGUUAGAGGUGCUAGACGUUGGAAACAAUUGGAUUAAGGAUGUAUUCCCGUGCCAAUUGAAGAACAUAUCUACCCUGAGAAUUCUGGUUCUGCAUUCCAACAAAUUCUACGGGCAAAUUGGUUGUCCAGUCACUAAUGGCACAUGGAAGAUGCUUCAAAUUGUUGACCUAGCUUUCAACGAUUUCAGCGGUAUGCUUCCUGAAGAUCUCUUGACGUCUUGGGAGGUCAUGAAGGUCAAUUCGCACUUUGACCAUCUUCAAUAUCCGUUUCUUGAGUUGAGCAAGCUCUAUUAUCAGGACACCGUUAGUGUUACUUUCAAAGGUCUGCAGCUUGAACUAGUGAAGAUCCUAACUGUUUUCACCUUGAUCGACUUCUCGAGCAAUAGAUUGGAGGGUCCAAUACCAGAAGCGUUGGGAGAUCUUCGAGCACUCUAUUUUCUCAACCUGUCGCACAAUGUGCUUUCAGGUCAUAUCCCUCCCUCAUUAGGAAAAAUACAGCAACUUGAGUCCCUAGACUUGUCACAGAACUUCCUCAAUGGGACAAUUCCAGUACAGCUUUCAGAUCUGAACUUCCUUUCAGUCCUGAACCUCUCCUAUAAUCAACUUGUCGGAAUGAUCCCAGCAAGGAAACAGUUUCUCACAUUUUCAGAAGGUUCGUUUAAAGGUAACGGAGGACUAUGUGGGUUUCCACUUGACAAAAGUUGCCCAACAACUACCAAUCCUGAAGAAGCAGAUGCUGUUCCUACUCAAAGGUCCAAACAACGCAAGGGCAAUGGCUGGAUUGACAUGAAGCCGUUUUACAUGAGCAUGCCACUCGGAUUUGUUAUUGGCUUCUGGGUCUUUUGCGGGUCCCUAAUAUAUAUCCAGCCAUGGAGGCAUGCGUAUUAUCAGUUUUGGGAUGACUUGCUGUUCAGACUUUCGCAAUGUUAUCAUGUUCACUGA